UGUCUCCCUCCUUCGACGGCAACGAUAUCACUACGCUCAUAUCUGGACUGAGGACAGGAUACUACACUUCCUUGGACUGCCUCAUUCUUCCCUUGGACCCUAUAUAACCGGGAAAACCCUCCAUAUACAGCCUCUUGGCAACCGUCCAGUAUGGCCGCGAACCUCCAGCAUCCGUUCCAAUGUCUCCAAUUCGUGGAGAGGCCUAAUGCGAACUUCCUGAUCGGGUCGGCUGGCUCGAAGCUUUACUCCUACUCUGCAGAAACCGGUCAGCAGCUUGCGAUCUGGCCGCAAGCUGUAGAGUCGAGUAACGGUGCGGAAGCCCAACUGGAACAAGGCCCGCCGGAGAAGAAGAGGAAGGUCGAAGACACCCAGACAGCUGAACCCUCCGGCCCUACCAGCGAAACGCCAGAGAAGUCUCAGGCUUCUCCUGCCUGGUCAAACAUCCCCAUCCUCACCACUACCGCGAAUGGGGAAUACGUGGUUGCGCUGACCGCGGAAGACAAAUGCAUCCGCGUCUUCCAGUUUCAAGAGGAUGGCUCGUUCACUCAAUUGAGCGAGAGAACCAUGCCCAAGCGACCAUCCGCCAUUACCAUCACCAGCGACGACAACACCAUUCUGUGCGGCGACAAGUUCGGCGACGUCUACUCCCUGCCGCUGAUUCCCGGCGAUAAACCCCAUGUCGCUACCAGAGUUCCCAGAGGCGCCAAACUCAGCCAGCCGGCAGCAACAAACCUGACCGUGCAUACGAAGGGCAACCUUAAGGCUUUGGAGCAGCAACAAAAGCUAUCCAACGAAGCCAAAGCGGAAGAGAAGCCCGGUCUUGCUUUCGAACACAAUCUUCUGCUCGGUCACGUGUCUCUUCUUACAGAUAUAGCCUAUGUGUCGCUUCCGGAUGCCUCUUCUACCAAGAAGCGCAACUACAUCCUAACUGCCGAUCGAGACGAACAUAUCCGUGUCUCUCGUGGUCUUACCCAGGCCCAUAUUGUUGAGAACUACUGCCUAGGCCAUACUUCAUUCAUCAGUCAGCUCUGCGUGCCCCAGUGGGCACCCGAGUACCUUGUCUCCGGCGGAGGUGACAAGCAUCUCCUUGUCUGGAAAUGGGCCGAAGGUCGUAUUCUCCAGAAAGUUCCUCUGGUCGACCAAGCAUCUGAGACUGCGGAGGUGGCUGUCCAUGGAAUCUGGGCAACGUCGCUUGGGGGCCAGCGGGCCAUCCUUGUCGCGCUUCACGGAUCCCCUCGCCUUCAAUGCUUCACCCUAGAAGCCGACGGCACGCUAACGUCACAAGCCCCCAUUCAACUCUCCGGAAACGCCCUCGGCCUGACAAGCAUUGAGAAAGACAACACCAUCCUCGUCUCCGUCGACUGCAUCCGCGAGCCAGGUACCACCCACGAAUGGAGAGCCAGCCCGUCCUCUCCUUCGGCCCUGAUCGAAGCUUUCCGCGUCAAGUCAGACACAGGCCUGGAAUGGGAACAGACCGCGGCGUCUGUGCUAGAAAAGAUCCACUCCACCGGCACGUCGGAAGUGCCGUUAACUACUACGGAGAAGGAAAGAAAGGAGCUGAAUGACUCGCUGUAUAACCUGGGUCAUCUCCGGAAGAAGAAGGGAGAGGAUGAGUAAAAAGUUUUUCUUUUCUUCUCUUCUUUUUUCACAAUAGAUAAUCUCCCCGUUGGGAGCGAUGUAUAUAUCGAUGAGUUACUUGGCCCCGAACAACAUCUUCU